AUGCAGAAACAUUGCAAGGAUAAGCAUGGCUGGGUGAACGAACAAAAGCGAGGGGGAGAUAUAAGGCAAAAGAGCAAGCACUCACGCAACCGAGUAUGGCGAGACAGCCAAUCCUGCCAGCGCUUGUUCAGAGCUGUUGGCUGGCCGGCGUAUGUUGCAGUCGAGACGAGCGUUGGAGCUGCGACUCUAGCAGACAUCUCCCAGAGAGUGAAGGCAGAUCGCCAGCAUCAGCGAGAAGAGCGUGAGGCAGCAGCAGCGCAGGAUAAGAUUAAAGAGGGCAUCCGUUCGCAGGCUGAUCCGUGGCUAGAGCUCACAGAAUGGGUCCCGCACCUACAAGGUAUCCCAAGGGCGGCACUUCUGCGCGCUAAACAGCUAGCUGGUGGGGAGGUAGACGCGCGUGGGAAGGAAGAAGUGGCGUUUGACGACACGGGCUUACGCGAUGUUUGCAAAGCUAUGGAGCGGCUGAUACAAAAAGCGUUCGAUAGCAGCCGAGCUGAGGUUGUCGGCAGACUCGCACUGGAGAUUAUCGAGCGACGUGAGGCGGGCGCAGAAUCGAACGAGCGGCCCUUCUACGCUAGGCAUCGAGUCGGUACGAUCAAGAAGUACAGCCAGAAGCUGGUGAGCAUCCUCUGCUACCUGUGGCGCACAUAUGACCAGGUCGAGCGGCCGCCAUACAAACUUACCAGCACGCAAGACGCCCUCUUGGUGUCACUCCAGCAAAUAGCCCGCUCAGACAACGCUGCGAAGAAAGAGAAACUGGAAGAGCGAUGCCUGCGCUUUUGGAUCGCCUUGCUCAACCACAGCCUGACUGGCGACGAGCACGAGAGCGCACUGCUGAGCGGAGUGGCUGUCCUCGGCCUCAAGCCUGAUCACCAUGGCGGUGGGUGGGUUCCGGCGCACGAGUUCUCGCCAACGCUGUCUGCUUUAAUCACUACCUCGAAAGCGCUCGUAGUGCAUCAUGCCCGCUGCCAGCGAGAUAAAGCGCUUCAGAAAGACCCUUGUACAGCACCUACUGCGUAUGAGCUAGUUAAAGACAUGUCUGAACGGUUUAUGACGCUGUCCGACUUCAAAGGCACACCCAGUCCUAUGAAUCGAAUGCUCCGCUUGCGUACGCUAGCUAGAACACAGGCAAAGCGACGUAAUACUCCCGGUAUCGUGUCGUGGGAUGGAGAUCGGCUUCUCAUUGACAAGCAGAGCUUUUCGCUAGCCGAUCUCCGGUCGAUGGUGAAGGGACUCUGCGAGACGGUGCGGUUGCAGCUAUUCAAGGACGUCCUACUCUUGGAUCUAGACGAAAGGGGUUGCGUGCGACCCGGGACCACCCCGCUUCCAGAGGUGUCCGUGGACAAACUCGUCGAUCAGCCAGCCGAGCUGGCUACGGGCUGGAGCUUUCUGAAGCACCCCGACAACCAGCUAGAUAGAUGGCAAGACUGGCUUCUAGACCGGGUGUUGGACGAGGCUCCGCUAAGGGAGAGAUUAUUCGUGGGAUAG